AUGCCGACAGCACACAGUAGAGUGAUCAUGUAAGACCUAGGAAAGUUUGCUCCACUUGUGAUUUGUGAUUUAUGACUAUCGGCUAGCGGCCGGAGUAUCAAGGUUCUCCUCGUUUGCCGGUGGAGGUUGCACGUGAGGCACUUUCUAUCUUUGGAUUUCUAACGACAAGAAGAAAUUUACAAGCCAUGGCUCCUACAAUGCCACAAAGUUCCAGAAGAGCAGACGCCGCCCCCAGCGCACCUUCGCUAGAGGCUGAGCUCAGGGACUUGUUGGCGAAGAGGAUCAUGGUUCUGGAUGGAGGCAUGGGCACCAUGAUCCAGGAGCAACAACUGGAGGAGGAGAGCUUCAGGGGGGAGGAGUUCAGAAACCACACCCACAGCCUGAAGGGCAACAAUGACCUGCUCAGCAUUACUCAGGGCGACGUCAUCUACAACAUACACAAGGAGUACCUGCUUGCCGGGGCAGAUAUAAUCGAAACCAACACUUUUAGCAGCACCAGCAUUGCCCAGGCCGACUAUGGGCUUGAGCACUUGGCCUAUCGUCUGAACAAGGUGUCUGCAGAGGUCGCCCGGAAAGCCGCAGAUGAUGUCACAAAUCAGACAGGUUGUAAAAGAUAUGUGGCGGGCGCUGUGGGCCCCACCAAUAAAACCCUGUCCGUGUCGCCCUCAGUGGAGAGACCAGACUUCAGGAACGUCACCUUCGAUGAACUGGUGGAGGCCUACACAGAGCAGGUCCGAGGGCUGUUGGAUGGAGGGGCAGAUAUCAUCAUGGUGGAAACCAUCUUUGACACUGCUAACGCCAAGGCGGCAAUUUUUGCAAUCGACAAGCUGUUUGAAAAUAGCUACAAACCAAGACCUAUAUUUAUCUCAGGAACAAUAGUAGACAGAAGUGGUCGUACUCUCUCCGGACAGACAGGAGAAGCCUUUGUCAUCAGUGUUUCCCACGCCAAGCCCCUGUGUAUUGGCUUAAACUGUGCCUUAGGAGCCACUGAGAUGAGGCCUUUUAUCGAGGCCAUUGGGAAAUGCACCACCGCUCACGUCCUGUGCUACCCCAAUGCAGGUCUGCCGAAUACGUUCGGAGGAUACGAUGAGGACCCAGAGUUGACUGCCUCCCAUUUAAAGGAGUUUGCAGUAGACGGCUUGGUGAAUCUAGUUGGUGGUUGCUGUGGAACUACUCCAGCACACAUUAGGGCGAUUGCUGAGAAAGUGAAACACUGCCAGCCCAGAGUGCCUCCUGCUGAUGUCUUUCAGGACUACAUGCUACUCUCAGGUCUGGAGCCAUUCAGGAUAGGGCCAUACACUAACUUCGUCAACAUCGGCGAACGCUGCAAUGUGGCAGGGUCACGCAGGUUUGCCAAGCUGAUCAUGGCUGGAAACUAUGAGGAGGCGUUGAGCAUAGCCAAGACCCAGGUGGAGAUGGGUGCCCAGGUCCUGGACAUCAACAUGGACGAGGGCAUGCUAGAAGGCCCUGCCGCCAUGGCUCGGUUCUGCUGUCUCAUAGCGUCGGAACCUGACAUCGCAAGGGUGCCUCUAUGUAUAGACUCGUCUAACUUCUCUGUGAUCGAGGCGGGCCUGAAGUGUUGUCAGGGGAAGUGCAUCGUCAACAGCAUCAGUCUGAAGGAGGGAGAAGACGAGUUCCUCCAGAGAGCCGCGACUGUGAGGCGCUACGGCGCCGCAGUGGUGGUCAUGGCCUUUGACGAGGAGGGCCAGGCGACAGAAACUGAGCGCAAGGUUGACAUCUGCAGCCGAGCGUAUCACCUGCUAGUUAAUAAGGUGGGCUUUGACCCUAACGACAUAAUCUUUGACCCAAACAUCUUGACCAUCGGGACAGGCAUGGAGGAACACAACGAGUACGCCAUCAACUUCAUCAAAGCCACCAAGCUCAUUAAGGAGUCUUUGCCGGGGGCCAGGAUUAGUGGAGGACUGUCCAACCUGUCGUUUUCCUUCAGGGGCAUGGAGGUUAUCAGAGAGGCCAUGCAUGGAGCCUUCCUCUACCAUGCUAUCAAGGAUGGUAUGGACAUGGGCAUAGUGAACGCCGGCAGCCUGCCUGUCUAUGAUGACAUUGACAAGGAGCUCCUGCUGAUGUGUGAGAACCUCAUCUGGAACCGAGACCCUGAUGCCACGGAGAAGCUACUACUGUAUGCACAGAGCUGUGCCAAAGGAGGGAAGAAGGUCAUCCAGACAGACGAGUGGAGACUGGGAACAGUGGAAGAGAGGCUGGAGUAUGCACUCAUCAAGGGUAUAGAUAAGUAUGUGGUUGAGGACACAGAGGAGGCGAGGGCCCAGCAGGACCGCUACCCUAGGCCCCUUCACGUCAUUGAGGGGCCCCUGAUGAACGGCAUGAAGGUGGUGGGGGAUCUGUUCGGAGCCGGAAAGAUGUUCCUGCCUCAGGUGAUCAAGUCGGCGCGUGUGAUGAAGAAGGCAGUUGCCCACCUGAUCCCCUUCAUGGAGGUGGAGCGAGAGGCUGCCCUGCUGGCAUCGGGGUCCUCCGAGGAGGUGGACCCGUACCAGGGGACCAUAGUUCUGGCCACGGUCAAGGGAGACGUCCACGACAUUGGGAAGAACAUCGUAGGAGUGGUCCUGGGAUGCAACAACUUCAGGGUAAUUGAUCUUGGGGUCAUGACCCCAUGCGACAAGAUACUGAGAGAGGCCAUCGAACGCAAAGCAGAUAUCAUCGGUCUGUCCGGCCUCAUCACUCCCUCACUGGACGAGAUGAUCUACGUUGCCAAGGAGAUGGAGCGGCUCGGGAUGAAGACCCCAUUGUUGAUCGGCGGGGCCACCACCUCUAAGACUCAUACAGCAGUAAAGAUUGCGCCGCGCUACAGCUGCCCUGUGAUCCAUGUUCUGGAUGCCUCCAGGAGUGUGGUGGUGUGCUCUCAGCUGCUGGAUGACAAUGUGAAGGAGGAGUUCUUUGAGGAGUUGACAGAGGAGUAUGAGGACAUUCGACAGGACCACUAUGACUCCUUGAAGGAGCGACACUUCCUGUCUCUAGCCCAGGCCAGGGAAAAGAGACUACAUGUGGACUGGCUCUCCCAGCCUAAACCAGUGUGCCCUCAGUUCCUUGGUACUCGAGUAUUUGAGCAUUAUGACCUUCGGAGGCUGGUAGACUACAUCGACUGGAAACCCUUCUUUGACGUGUGGCAGCUGAGAGGAAAGUACCCCAACAGGGGGUACCCCAAGAUCUUCAAGGACAAAACCGUAGGUGAGGAAGCGCAGAAAGUGUUUGACGAUGCCCAGCGGCUGCUCAACAGGCUGAUAGAUAAUAAGGGACUCUCUGGGCGUGGCCUGGUGGGCUUCUGGCCCGCCCAGAGCGUUGGAGACGACAUCCAUGUGUAUGAACAUGAUGUGACACCUCGCUCUGCCACUCCCCUCGCUACCUUCUACGGUCUGCGCCAACAGGCAGAGAAGGACCGGGCCAGCUCAGACCCCUACUACUGCCUGUCAGACUUCGUGGCCCAGAAGGACAGCGGGGUCCCUGACUACAUCGGCAUGUUUGCCGUAGCUGUGUUCGGGGCAGACCAGCUGAGCCGACAGUUUGAGAAACAGGGAGACGAUUACAACAGCAUCAUGAUCAAGGCUCUGGCUGAUCGCUUAGCUGAGGCAUUUGCCGAGGAGCUGCAUGCCCGUGUUCGUAAGGAGCUGUGGGGCUACAGCGUGGAGGAGGACCUCGGGACCCAGGACAUGCACAGGAUCCGCUACGAAGGAAUCCGGCCUGCGGCUGGCUACCCGUCACAGCCAGACCACACUGAGAAGACCACCAUGUGGAGACUGGGCCAAGUGAAGGAGAAGACCGGUAUUGUGUUGACAGAGUCUCUGGCCAUGAUUCCAGCAUCUGCUGUCUCUGGCCUGUACUUCUCUAACCCCAAAGCCACCUACUUCGCUGUGGGAAAAAUUACCAAAGAACAGGUGGAAGACUAUGCUGGGAGGAAAGAGAUGCCCGUGCCAGAGGUGGAACGCUGGCUCGGGCCAAUCCUGGCCUACGACCCUGACUGCUAGUUAUAGGUUAACCACUCCUGAGCUACAGUAUAGACUGACAGUGACACUUCAGCCAAUCCUGGGUGAUGGAACUGCUGCCUCCAAAACACUAACUUCCUAGGUGCUGCUCCUGAUUCAGCAGUGAGAGCAUUGCAAAGUUUCUUCUACACCUGAGUUGGUAUACAAACUGAAAGAGUGCCUACCGCCCACCUGCAGUGUGUUCUUUGAACAGGUAUAAAGCUAAUGUUGGCCAUUUACAGCCACCUGUACUAAUGGGAUGUUUACUCAUGAGUUUAGCACAUAAGCUGAUCCCUUCUUGGCCUAGUUUUUCCCAAAGUCGUGAUCAGAUUUCCAAUCGAGGAUGGAUUAAAAAGCAAAUAAAUACAAUGAAUAGGACAGGCCACCAUUGACUUAAAUGUUGACACCCCUUACAUGUACUGUGUUAAUGUAUAUUUAUUUAUUUGAUUAAUGAAAUUCAACUUUUACCCUACAAGGUCCAGAAACUGGUGGUAUUUUUUUUCUACCUCAUCAUUAAUUACACCCACUUGUGAUUGUGUAUUGAGUAUGUUAAGUAUUUAGUAAUUUUUUCUAUCAAAUGACCAGCUGUUAUUAAAGAAAAAUAAUAUGUUGUGAUGUAUUAAACUUUUACAGGAUUUUAAUAACUUUUCCCAUUAUUGAUAAUCUACGUUUGUUGAGGUAUCACAUUCAUUGAUUAAUUUUAGGUUUUUAUUAUUAAAAACCUAAAUAGAAAAUAUAUUUAUAAAAUUUUUCGGUACAUUGUAAAGGGCCAAUACAUUUCAACACACGCACUUGUAUUUAAUUAAUUAUCUAUACUUAAUUGGAUAUUACCGGUUUAGAGUGUUUUUUCAUUUGCAUUAACAAGGCAGACCAAUUUGUUUCCUCUAAUGGGUCUUUCAUCACCGAAUAGCUCUUGGCAUACUUAUAGUAAACCUCCAAGUUACAGAAUGAUUUUAUGGAUAAUUAUUGUAAGAUUUCACUAUGUCUUAAACAGAGGUGCCCACACUAUGAGUAGUGUUUUUAUUGUGACUUGAAAAAGAAAUCAAUGUUUAAUCAUUUCAGCCUUGAACCUCGUGUAAGCAAUUUUUUUUGUAAAACUCUGAAUGCUCUUAAUUCUGACAUUAAAAUGUUCAUCUGUCA